AUGCGCGGCCUCUACGUGGGACUGGGCGCCAUGGCCCUGGCGUCCGUCAACGCUUGGGAGUACCCCUUUUGCGAGCACGAUGGCUGCUAUCGCAACCUGAUCGACCAACGCUUUGAGGAGGAGGCCAAGACCUUCUGCGUCGACUUCCUGCACGGCACCACCACUGCUCCGUCAGCCAUCCCAACUGACUUCAACAACUGUGGCGGUGACAUCAAGGCUGUCUCCUCGGCGUGCUCUUGCAUUACCUACAGCAUCACCAACACCGUCCCGGCCACUACCUCUUCCGCUCCCGCGACCUCCAGCACCCCCGUCAUCACCACCUCAACCAGCGUCUAUGUCACCCCCACGCCUACUCCUACUCCUACUCCGAGCAGCACCAAGGAGCACUCCACCAGCACUUCCUCUGAGGACUGCACCACCUCCACGACGCCGGUCAGCAGCACCUACGUCCACAGCUCGUCCUCCACCUCGGACUGUGAUACCACUUCUUCGACCGCUGUUAGCAGCAGCAAGCCCGUUCACACUCCCACGACUUCUUCCGAGGUGAGCAGCUCGAAGCCCGUCCACACCCCGACCACUUCCAGCGAGGACUGCACGACUUCGACGACCGCCGUCAGCAGCACCAAGCCUGUUCACACUCCUACCACCACUUCGACAGAGGACUGCACUACCUCCACUGAGGUCAGCUCCACGAAGCCCGUCCAUACUCCCACGACUUCUUCCGAGGAUUGUGACACCACUUCCACCUUCGUGAGCAGCACCAAGCCGGUCCACACCCCGACAACAACCUCAUCCGAGGACUGCACCACCUCUACGGCAGUGAGCAGCACCAAGGGUCACAGCACCUGGACUACAAAGACCUGGAGCACCAGCAAGUCUUAUAAUUCCACGACCGUCUCCACUGAGGACUGCACCACGACGACCACGUCCACUGAGAGUUGCACCACCACAACCUUCAUCACCAGCACGAAGCCCGUCCAUACCCCAACCACCACCUCCACUGAGGACUGCGACACUACUUCGACUGCUGUAAGCAGCUCGAAGCCCGUCUACACCCCCUCUACCUCUACCGAUUGCGAGUCCUCCACCGAGGUCAGCAGCACCAAGGGACACAGCACCAAGAGCCACCACUCUCACACCGUCCCUACCUACACUCCUCCCACGACCACCCCUUGGGCCAACACCACGAGCAAGCCCCACCACACAAAGACUACCGACAAGUUGACCACCUCGACCAUCUACACCACCCACGUCGAGACCAUCACCAAGUGCCCACCUCACGUCCCCCACUGCCCCGGCACCAUCACGACGGUCACCGUCCCCGUCUCGACCACCAUCUGCCCCGUGACUGAGACUUCCACGCCUGCUUCCCCUCCCCCUCCCCCGACAACGUGGACUACGUCGACUGUCUACACUACCCAGGUCCACACCAUCACCAAGUGCCCUCCUGGAACUCCCAACUGCCCUGGCGAGACUCACGUCACCACCGAGACGAUCCCUGUGUCAACCACCAUCUGCCCGGUCACCGAGAGCGUUCCUCCUCACACCUUCAGCACCGUCAAGCCCGCUCCGAGCAGCCAGCCUCCCGCUCCUCCUGCUCCACCGGCGAGCUCUCCUGUGCCCCCACCCGCAGGUACUCCUCCUGCCGGUACUCCUCCCCCUCCCCCUGCCGGCACUCCUCCUCCCGCCGGAACUCCUCCGCCUCCUCCUCCUGCUGGUACUCCUCCUCCCGCCGGAACUACCCCUCCUCCCGCUGGCACACCUGCUCCCCCGGCCAGCAGCCCUGCCCCUCCUGCUAGCAACCCUCCCGCCCCUCCUCCGGCCGUCACCACUCCCCCGGCUCAGACCACACCCGCUCCUAGCCCUAGCAAGACCACCACCCCUCCGGUCCAGGUCACCAACGCCGCCGGCCGUCUCGGCUCCGGUGUGGUCGCUGCCGCUGCCGGUAUCGUCAUUGCUGCCCUUCUUUGA